AUGGUGCUUCUUCUUUCAUGCAUCACCUCUUCUCUUGUUCAUGCUAAAUAUGAGUUGACCGAAUUUUUCAAAGGUCUCUUUCCUGUAGUGGAACAUUCCUUGAACAAUGAUUGCGAAACUAAACUCAAUUUCUUUUCGAGUACCAAACAAUCUUGCAUCUAUUUCAUUCCACAUUCACCAAAAGCAGGUGAAUACAUGGAACUCCAACACCCAGAUAGAAAAUGUGAAGUAACUCCUUUAUCAGUGACUCUUUAUGCAUUGGAUACUUGUAUUCCAAGUGAUCAUGGCUCAUCUUUCAUGAUUAAGGGAUGUACAUCGAGGGUGACAUAUUCGGAUCGAAACUGUCAAAAUGAAGUAAGGACUGCUUCUCUCACAUUGAUGGAUUGUUUUAAUGGAAAUUCUGUUCGAUGCAAUCACACUGUUCCCGUAUGUUCGACUUUUCCCAUUCGUUUUUCAUCUGGAAAUUCACUUCAUAUUAGUAGUGGGUGUGCAACAGAGUUCAUGUUGAGAAACAGCAUUGGAAUUGUGGUUACAAUGACGGUUGUAUUGUUGAUCGUUGCGAACUUUUACUCUUCGAAAAUCUAA